AUGGCGGGCGGUGAUUGGCCGGCGCUGUGGGGAGCUGGCCUAUCCCCGGGCGCGCAGAGGGGGCGUGGCGCGGAGCCCGGCGGCGAAGGCGCGCCCCGGACACGUGUCCGGCGGGAGCUGCGGGCGGCGAUCGGCCGGGCCCCAGCCAAAAGGCGGGCCCCGCUUAGACAGACCAUGACAAAGUUCUGUCAAGAGCAUUUGGCUCCGAAGGCCCAACAGAUUGACCAGGAAAAUGAAUUCAAAGGCAUGCGGGAGUUUUGGAAGAAACUUGGGGAACUGGGAGUUCUGGGGAUUACAGCUCCUGUGGAAUAUGGUGGAUCUGCUUUGGGGUAUCUGGACCAUGUGCUGGUGAUGGAGGAAAUUUCUCGUGCAUCAGCAGCUGUUGGGCUUAGUUACGGUGCCCACUCAAAUCUUUGUAUCAACCAGCUGGUGCGUAAUGGCAAUGAGGCCCAGAAAAAUAAGUACUUGCCCAAGCUAAUCAGCGGGGAACACAUUGGAGCCUUAGCAAUGAGUGAACCCAAUGCUGGAUCUGAUGUUGUAUCCAUGAAGCUGAAAGCAGAUAAAAAAGGAGACUACUUUGUUUUGAAUGGGAACAAAUUUUGGAUCACCAAUGGGCCAGAUGCAGAUGUUCUCAUCGUUUAUGCUAAAACUGAUGUUAAUGCUGUUCCAGCCUCCCGCGGUAUAACUGCGUUCAUUGUGGAGAGGGGAAUGCCAGGUUUCAGCACAGCCCAGAAGCUCGAUAAGCUGGGAAUGAGAGGGUCUAAUACCUGUGAAUUGAUCUUUGAAGACUGCAAGAUCCCUGCUGAAAACGUCUUGGGGACACUGAGCAAAGGAGUCUACGUUCUGAUGAGUGGAUUGGACCUGGAGAGACUCGUGCUGUCUGGUGGGCCACUGGGGCUCAUGCAAGCUGUUCUUGACCAUGCAAUUCCAUACCUACAUGUCAGAGAAGCAUUUGGACAGAAAAUUGGCCACUUCCAGCUCAUGCAGGGCAAAAUGGCUGAUAUGUACACACGGCUGAUGGCGUGUCGGCAGUAUGUCUACAACGUGGCAAAGGCCUGUGACCAGGGCCAUUUCAAUGCAAAGGACUGUGCUGGAGUGAUCCUGUAUUCAGCAGAGUGUGCUACCCAGGUGGCUCUGGAUGGGAUUCAGUGUCUGGGUGGGAACGGUUACAUCAAUGACUAUCCCAUGGGGCGUUUCCUUCGUGAUGCCAAGCUCUAUGAGAUAGGGGCAGGCACCAGUGAAGUGCGCAGACUUAUCAUUGGCAGGGCGUUUAAUGCCACUUUUAAGUAACGUCUGCCAGUGGAGGGGCAGCACCCUGACCACCAUGAGGCCUUUGACCAUAGAGGCUGGAGCGCACAAUUCUUGUUCUUCCUGCUUGUGAUUCUGGGAUCGUCACUUGUGGACUCUCUUCUGUCUGCUCUGUGAACAGAUGCUGCUGGACUGGGCUUUGACAAAAUGAAUCGGACGGUAGCAUGGAAGGAAAAGUGUUUUUUCUCUUCUCAUGAUCAUCCUGUUUAUAAGCCAUCCUGAUUCUCAGUGUUAUGGGGCUGAGGUUCAUCCAGGGAACAUGCCAUCUUUGAAGCAGGCUGGUGAGCAGUAUACCUGAAAUAAGAGGAAGCCAUUGCUGAGCAAAGAAAGUCAAACCCCAGCCCCAAAAAUGGACACAGAGGGAACAAUUUUGUUCUUUUUAAAAAAACUGAGUGCCAUUAAAUAGCUAGCAUCUUACAAUAUUACCAGUGGAAGGUGAAAUUUCCCACUGUGACCUUCCAAUGGGAUUAAUAACUUCCAUUUUGGGAACUUGACACCAACCACAUCAUGGGGGUGGCUGUCAUGAACACUCAAGCAUCAUUGAUGCACAAGCAGUGUUUUAGGUGAUGAUUCCUAAAACCUCAUUAAAAUACCACAUCUGUUUCUUUGCAUACUUCCUUUCCUAUUCCUGCUGCUUCUCAAGAUAUUUUAGCACAGCCCCAAGUCUUUGCUCCUCU